UGUAUCUAGGAUUCGGCAGAAGAAACGUUUGUUUUCUCCCUCUCAAACGAUGUUAAAUAGAUUCAUUAUUUAAUGUAAUAUUGUCAUGCAACAUUUAACGUUAAUGCACGUUGUUUGUGAGAGUAAAUCGCAUAAGAAACGGAGUAAAAGAAAAGCUGCUUCUCAUUUCUCUAGUGAUUCACUUCAUAGUAAGCAAGAAUCAUCUGAAAAUAGUGAAGGAAAAUCUUGAGAAAGAAACAUUGGAGCGUUUUAUGUGAAUAUAGAUUACAGUCAUUAGAAGUUCAUUUUUGAAUGUCUGUUACUCUGUCUUCUGGCAUGAGAUUUCACCAUUUAUGAUAAUUCAAUUUAAUAGAAGCUCUGAAACAGUCAACAGUUUUACUUCACUUAACUUUGUGGAUAGGAUUUUUUUUAUUUUUUAUUUAUUUAAUUUUUUUUUAUUAGGAAACUUUUAUAACCAUCAGUGUAAAUGCAAGUGAAUUGAAUCACGAGAGAAACGAGAAGCAGGUGUUUAUUUUUAUUUAUUUAUUUAUUUUUACAAACCAACCGCAAACAAAGUCAUUAAACUGUAAUCUAAUAAAUGCAAUCUAUAGAUCAUUCAGUACCUAAAACACACACACACACACACACACAUACACACAUAUAUGAUAAUCCGCUAAUUUAAGGUCAUUAACUCUCACUCUGACUGAUUCUCUUAGCAGUGCUCUGACAGCUGAACAGCUGAGCAUUUGAGAUUUAAAUUUUUUUGUUAAUCACACUAUUAUAAAGAUGGCAUUUAUUAAAGAGGAGAGUGAAGACUGGAAGAUUGAUGGCGUGAAGAUUGAAGAAGUGUUCAGAGUGAAACCAGAAGAUACUGAGGAACAAACAGACCUGACUGAGGAGAGUCAAGAGCUGAAGGAUUUGGAAGUGAUAAAGCAGAAUGAGAAAGAUCAUGAUUUCAAAAUUGGAAAGAAAUCCACACAGACUACCAAGUCCUCCUCUCAAAAAAGCGUCAAGAAGAUUGAAUCUAAAAGCUUUUUUACAUGCCAUCAGUGUGGAAAGAGUUUCAAUCAGAAAGGAAGCCUUAAGGUCCACAUUAGGAUUCACAAUAGAGACCUCACUUUCACCUGCAAACAGUGUGGAGAGUCUUUCAAUACCAAUGAAAGCCUUCAAAUACACAUGAAAGUACACAUUGGAGAAAAGCCUUGCAUCUGUCAACAGUGUGGAAAGAGUUUUGCUCAAAAAAGAUACCUUGCAGUCCACAUGAGAAGUCACAGUGGAGAAAAGCCUUAUACUUGCUCUCAGUGUGGACAGAGUUUUGCACAUAAAAGCAACCUUAAUUCCCACAUGAGAAUUCACAGUGGAGAGAACUUGUUCACCUGCCAGCAGUGUGGGAAGAAUUUCAUUCAGAAACAAAACCUUGAAGUCCACAUGAAGAUUCACUCUGGAGAGAGACAUUUUAUCUGUAAACAGUGUGGAAAGAGUUUCAUUCGAAAAGGAGUCCUUGAAAUCCACAUGAGAGUUCACACUGGAGAGAAGCCUUACACUUGCACUCAAUGUGGAAAGAGUUUUACUCAUAAAAAUACCUUUAAUUACCACAAGAGAAGUCACACAGGUGAGAAGCUGUUCACAUGUGAUCAAUGUGGAAAGAGUUUCACGCAUAAAGUAAGCCUUAAUCGCCACACAAAGACUCACUUAGGAGAAAAUGGUUUUAUAUGUGAACUAUGUGGAAAGAGUUUUAGUCAGAAAUGUAGCCUUAAAACUCACAUGAGAAAUCACACUGAAGAGAAUUCCUUCACCUGCAAAUCUGAGUAAAUGUUCACUGCUGCUGAUUGUGGAUCAAAUCUGAAACCUUUCACGCUUCGCGUUGGACCCAGAAAAUUGCUGGAACAUUGCCGGGUUGCCUUCUGUGUGAAAGUAAACACGCCCCAAAUUGAUUCCAUGAUUGGAACGAGCGUUGUGUGAACAAAAGCCAGAAUUAAUUACUUUUAAGUGUCGUAGGUAUGUUGUACGGGGCAAAAUCUAAUUACUACUUGUAAUCUAUUGUUAACAUGAAUUAUUUUAAUUAAAAUAUACUAGUUUAACCUCUGUCCUACUACGAGAUGCCACAGUGUAAUUUAAUAAUAAUAUAAAUAAUGAUCAAACAAAUAAAAUGACAAACUGAAUGAAAUAAAGAAUAUUACACUGUAUUUUCCGAUUCGUCUUUAGUGAGAAAAUGCAUUGGAGUAAUGUUUUUUAAGUCAUGACUUAAACAUGACAACUGUAAACCCCUCAAAGACCCAAAUAUAGAAAAAAUUCACCUUUUCUGAAACACAUAGAUUUUUACAAAGCUCAUUGUUCUGAAAAGAAAAGUGUGGUCUGAUUGGCCAGCUAUCCGGUGUGUUCUGAUUGGCUGAAUACCUAAAGCGGUAAAAAAAAUGUAUACCCCUCAAGCCGAGUUCAGACUGCACUAUCUUCAAAGUAGUUGGGUCACUGUCUCUUCACACUGCAUGACUAUCCUGGCCAGCAUUCAGUCGCUGCUGUGUUCACACUGCACAGUGGAUCGGCGACAGAAGGUUUCACACUGCUUGACUUUACAAUAGAAAGAAUUGCUGACUACUCUGGCAAGCAAACUACAUUUCUCAACCAA